AUGGCUACAUUCGCUGUCAAAUCGCUUGACCACCUUGUCCUAACCGUCCGCUCCAUCCCGGAUACCGUUGCGUUCUACACGACCCACUUAGGCAUGCGACAUGAGGUUUUUGCCUCACCAGCCAACCCCGCAGUUCAGAGAAAUGCUCUUAUUUUCGGUAUUCAAAAAAUAAAUCUCCACCAGUCAGGGAAAGAGUUUGAGCCGAAGGCGCAAAACGUCAUGCCCGGGAGUGCCGAUCUGUGCUUUUUGACGGACGAAAAUGCGGAGAAAGUACUGCAAGCUUUCAAAGACGCUAGAAUAGAAGUUCUCGAAGGUGCCAAGAUUGUGGAUCGGACAGGUGCUGCUGGGAAGCUGAGAAGUGUUUAUGUGAGAGAUCCGGAUGGGAAUCUCAUUGAGUAUGCUCCCUGA